AAAUGCUCCCUUUCACCAAUUAAUUAUUCAUACAAGUUGGCUAACGCAGUUUCACAAGCCUUUCAAAGCUGACUUUGAAUUAGUCUCAGUUUUACGUCUCCUUAUCCAUCCAUCUACUACAAAAUAUAAAUAACACAGCUAAGAUAUUCACAAAGACACAAGACGAAAUAUUCAACCAACAAAACAAAGACAGAACAGAACAGAAGGAAGAAAUGAUGUUAGAAUCUUCAAGCAAAAAGAGAUGGAACGUUAACGUGUUAUCAUCAGCUUCAUCUCACAGAGAGACAAUUGUACUUGGAAGAUAUAGCAAGAGUUGCAGAGAACAGAAGCAACACCAACGAAGAGAAAGGCUCUUGCCCAAAUGGAAGGUUUUGUUGAUGAAGCUUAAGCUCUUGCCUUCUCGUGCUUCUUCCACUAAGGUCGUGGCUUAUGAGCCUUGUGAUUACUCUUUGAAUUUUGAUCAAGGUCCAGGAUGGCACGACCACGAUGAGCCUGAGAAUCUUUCACGGUCUUUCUCCUGUCGCUUCGCUGAUCCCACACGGAUCCGAGAAACACGCUUUCUCUUGUAUUAAGUUUACUUUUCUUUUCUCCUUCGGUUUCUUUAGACCUUCUUUUAAAUGAUGAGAUUAUGUGGCUUAGCAUUGUAAACAAAUGAAAAGAAAAGUUAGGAUCAUUGAGUUAAUUUUAUUUGUUCUAGUGGGAGGUCAUAAAUUAUAGUAUGUCUCAUUACUUCUCAGUCACUCUUCCUUUCCGGGUUUCUCUACUUCUGUAAAAUCAUUUUGUCUACUAUAUUUGCUUUCGUUUUUUUAAAAGAAAAUAUUGAAAAACUUUAUAGUAAUAAGAUGGACCUUAAUUUCACAUUAAUCUACUUCCUAAGCAUUACAAUUUAUAAAUCAUUAAUGAUUCAUAAUACACAAUAUGUGCAAAUAUUAUACUAUAGUCUAAGUACAAUUGUGUAAGUCAUAUGUGCAAAUAUUAUAUAGUCUAACUACAAUUGUGUAAUUUAUAUGUAAGUGCUUAGGUUUAAUCUCAUCUCAUGUAUAUAUAAGGCAUGGCCUACUAUUGAAUAAAGUAGGAAACCUUUAUACCAAACUAGGCUUCUUGACACUCCUUUCUGUCUUGGGCAAUCAGUAGAACUUUGAUGCCUUUAUGCAGCAACUAUGCAUAGUAUACUCGAAGAACAAUUGAGACCGAACGUGUGCAUCUUGAACAAUGGACACUAGAGGAAGACUAUCACAUUUUUGAUUGUUAGAUUUUGGUUU